GCCUAGACUGGGCGGGUUUGGGGGGGUUCCCCCACCCUUUUAGCACUGCACUUACAUUUUUUAUUCGUGCUGAACAGAUUCGUCCGGAGAAGCAAGUAGCCGAAGACGUCACGGAAGAAUAGUGUGACAAGAAAAGUCAGUAGCGGGUAUUAACGCUACUGCUGCAAGCGGGAGGCGCGCGCACACGGCUUGGAGCAGUUGAAGAGAGGAGUGACUGGUUGAGGGGGGCGUGCGCCAUCUUCCGGCUGGGCGGUGGUAAAGCGCAAAAGAGACGGAAGAGAGAAACAUGAACUGGAUGCCACCACUAGAGAAUUUGGCCCAUUUAUACCGGGCUUGCAGGCAGCUGCGCUCCCUGGCACACGGAAAACAGUGGAAGUCUGUCCUGUCCUCUGCCUAUCCCAUGUGCCCAGUUCAGCUGCACCCUCUGCCCUGGCAGCCAGACACCACCUCACAAUUCAGGCUUUUCACCACCAAGGAGAGAGAGAAAUUGGGCAAAGAGAAACUGAAACCUGUACAGCUGAGAGCAAAGAAACAAAAGGUUGAGAUAAGGUCCAGAAUGACUGUGGAAGAGCUUGCAAAAGUGAUGCAUAAAGAUAUAGAUCAUGUGUAUGAAGCCCUGCUGAACACAGACAUAGAUUUAGAUUCACUAGAACCAGAUUCAAUCUUGGAAACAAAUUGGAUCAAAGACAUCAUUAAAAAAUCUGGCAUGCAGUACAAAUGGGCUGAGCUGAAAGAAGAAAAAGUAAAAGAAAAUAAAGACGUGGUUAGAAG